AUGUCGGACGCAGACUCCCUCACCAAUUGUCGCUUCUAUGAAGAAAAAUAUCCCGAGAUUGAGAGUUUUGUGAUGGUCAAUGUCAAACAAAUCGCCGAGAUGGGCGCAUACGUCAAAUUGCUCGAGUACGACAAUAUUGACGGCAUGAUUCUCCUCUCCGAACUUUCACGAAGACGUAUCAGAAGUAUACAGAAACUCAUUCGAAUCGGUCGCAAUGAAGUUGUCGUCGUUCUGCGUGUGGACAAGGAGAAAGGUUAUAUUGACUUGUCGAAACGAAGAGUCUCCGCCGAAGAUAUUGGUCGUUGUGAGGAAAGGUAUAACAAGAGCAAAUCGGUCCACUCCAUCAUGCGACAUGUUGCCGAAAAGACCAAAACUCCAAUUCUGAAACUCUACGAAGACAUUGGUUGGCCUUUAAACCGCAAAUAUGGACACGCCAACGAUGCAUUCAAGUUGUCAAUUACCAACCCGGAUGUCUGGAACGAUGUUACUUUCCCAAAUGAUGUGGUCAAGGAGGAAUUUCAACAAUACAUUAGCAAGAAACUCACCCCUCAUCCAACUAAGGUCCGAGCAGAUGUCGAAGUCACAUGCUUCAAAUAUGAUGGAAUCGAUGCAGUCAAGGAGGCUCUCCGAAAAGCUGAGGCCAAGAACACACCCGAUACACAGGUCAAGGUCAAACUGGUCUCGCCACCACACUAUGUUCUGACAAGUCAGUGCCUGGAUAAAGGACACGGGAUCCAUCUCUUAGAAGAAGCUAUCAAGGACAUCGACGAGACCAUCAAGGAAUCUGGUGGACAGUGUGUUGUCAAGAUGGCACCCAAGGCUGUGACUGAACAUGAUGAUGCAGAAUUGCAGGCACUCAUGGACAAGAGAGCGAAGGAGAACGAGGAGAUCAGUGGUGAUGAGGAUCUCAGUGAGAGUGACGAGGGUCCAGAAAUUGCAUGA